AUGAUGCAAGCGGAGAUGGGGCCUGAUACCAAAAACUCGCAGGCAUGCGCCGAAUCCGUCAUUCAAAAGUAUGAUUUCGCUUUCAGCGGCGUGUGCGACAACUGCGACAAAUCUAUUCCUGUGGACUUGAGCGAGAUGGACGUUGAGGCGACCCAGUCGGUGGACCACAAGAUCUGGGGUGACUCCAUCAGCCUUUGGAGGCGAGCGACGAUCGGAGUUCCACUCAACGGAUUCUUUUUCGGCUUCUUGAGCGGCUUGCUGGGUGGCACCGGGUACGGCUUCUUCUUGGGGUAUCUCGGCCUGGACCCCUAUGUUUUGGCUGCGGCCGGCAGCAUCAUGAAGCUCCCCGAAGUGCUCCUCCUUCCGCUGGGGUACCUCAACGACAAGGUGCCAAUCCGCGGCUACCGCAGGAAGUCUUACAUUAUCAUCUCCUGGAUCAUUUCCUUCGUGGCAUUUCUGGUGAUGUGCACCCAUCCUUUACCUGAUCCCUACUUCUGCCGGGGCGCCGAUGGAAGUUACGACUACACGGUUCCACCCUGCAAUCCGGGAGCACAUGAUCAAAAGAGCUAUUACAUCCUGCCCAUGGCAAUGAUAUCUUUAGGCUUCAACAUGGGCUCCGUGGCCAACGAAGGGCUCCUCUUGGAGUAUUCGCAGCUCGAGCCAAAGGAGAAGCGCGGGACGAUCAAAGCCGAAAUGACCAUGGUGACCACUGCAGGCCAGUUGGCCGCCGCCCUCUUCAUCGGUUGCUUCAUGAACGGCAAGGAGUACCUGGGCACAUUCGACUGGAGCUUGGACUUCAACCACAUGAUGCUCAUUGCGAUGAUCUUGGUGUUGGUCCAGAUCCCGCUGACAAUGUUCUUUGUCUACGAGCCGCAGCAACGACAGAUCCCGGCCGCGAGCGUCACGACAUCGUGGCAGCUGGUGAAGAGCUCAGCCUUUGUGGCGGUCCUGAUGUUUGCCUUCGGCACCCACAUGAUGGUGGGGAUUUCGACCACAGCCGCCCCCUUGGUGCGCUCCCAGUGGGCGGGGGUCAAAGUGUUGCAACAGCAGUUGUAUGGAAUGGUCAGCAUGGUCAUGACCGUGUUGGCAGUCUGGUUUCUCAAGGCCUACUUCCUGCAGACAAGUUGGCGCAAGAUCUUCUACAGUUCAUGUGUCGCUGCAGUGCUACUGGAUGCGGCGCCCGCCUUUCUGACGGUCUUCGGGGUGGUGCGCAAUCAGUACUUCUACCUGGGUGAAGAAAUCCUGGCCGCUUUGCCCAUAGCUGCCCUGAAGCUCGUCUCUGGAUUGCUGCUCAUCGAGAUGUCUGAGCCGGGGCGAGAAGGCCUUUGCUUCGGACUGCUGGGCACCGUGUACAAUGCCAGCGCGCCCUUUGCAUCGGCGAUCAGUAACCAGAUCUUUGGGAGCUUCAAGCCCAGCUUGUCCGACGUCGCGAAUUAUGUCCAGGAUGACCCCAGCUUCCGCAAAACGGUUGCAUGGUCCUAUGUGGUGACCUAUGGCACCACCAUGGCGGGAUUUGCAUUGAUCCGCUUGAUUCCAGCUCAGAAGGAGGAGGCCCAGAAGAGGAAGAAGGAGUGGGGAAGUCAUUGGCUCUAUGCUGUGCUCGCACUCGGGUUUCCUUCCAUAUGCCUCCUGUACGCCACAUCGGUCUUGGUGAUGGCCAACGUGGACUCGGUUUCCUGUUUGGAGAUCGUCGGCGGGCAAGGCUGCUGA